AUGCGAGUGCUGUUGCUGCUGCUCCUGCAGCUACCGCCGGAGGGUGCCCUGCCCUCUGCACCGAAGCGCAGCCCUGACAUCCCGAGAGUUCCAGAUGCACUCUCGGGUUUGGAAGCUUCUAGAUUCCGGGAGAUGCGGAAACGCUAUGAGAACCUGAUGAAUCAACUGCGGGUAAACCAGAACUGGAAAAACUUUACCCUAGACUCCAGCACCACCUCUGCCGUCCGGAUUCUUACUUCUGAGCUGCUGCCAGGUCCCCGAGGCCACAUGCACCUGCGCAUUCCCAGAGCCUCGUUCUCUUUGGGGCGCCCAGCCAUCUCCCGUCUGCACCGGGCCCUACUCCAGCUGUCCCCGACGGCGAGCCCACUUGAUGUGACACGGCCACUACAGCGCCUGCUUGCCCGUGGGGGCCUCGCGCCACCGGUCCUGCAUCUGCCGCUGUCGCCGCUGCAGUCCAACUCCGCGCUGACGGCACCCUCUUUGGCGCGGCUGGAGUUGCACCUGCGACCUCGCGCCGCCAGGGGGCGCCGCAGUACUCAUGUACCUACGGCAGAGGAUUGCGCAACUGGGGCGGCGCACUGCUGCGCGGUACAGAGCCGGCGCGUGACACUCGAGGAGCUCGGCUGGGCCGACUGGGUGCUGGCGCCGCGUGAACUGGACGUGCGCGCAUGCGUCGGCGCGUGCCCGCCGCGCUUCCGGACAGCUAGCGCGUACACGCGUAUCAAGUCUCGCCUACACGACCUGGACCCAGGUUCCGCGCCUGCGCCUUGCUGCGUGCCCUCUAGCUUUGAGCCGGUGGUGCUAAUGCACCGCGAUAGCGAGGGCCGCCUGACGCUCACCCCAUACGACGACCUCCUGGUCAAGGACUGCCACUGUGCUUGA